AUGGCAAGAUAUUUGAAUGAUAUCGAUAAAGCAUUAAUUUGUGAUGAUAUUGAUUCAGGAUUGAGUUUAAACCAAAUUUCUAUUAAAAGAGGUUUUGCUAGAAGAACUGUACAGAUAAUAGCUGAAAACCUUAGAAAUAAUGUCUUUAUUAAUCGUAAAAAAGGUUCUGGUCGUCCUAUACUAUUAAAUAAGUCUAUGAAGUAA